UUAACCUAGCAGAAGUCGAAAUUGCGCUUUGAGAGGCCAGAGCCUCGUCUCAACCUCGCUGGCCACUGAAUAGAGAGACGCAUGAGGCUCUGGGACCAGGGAAGGCUAUUAAUUGCAACAUGGGGAAAUUUCCCCAUGUUGCAACGGAAGCAAGCCAUUGCCUGAGGCGGAUGUUUCGAGUAUCGUUAUUAUUGAAGCAAAUUUUCUGAAUCCCGCCUACGUUGGGGGAGACAAUCUUCUCGUAAGAAUGAAUUCGAAUGUAAAAGAGGAGUAGACAGGACAAGGAACGAUACUAACAAACAAGGUGAGUUUAGCAAUCUUUAAAAAUCCAUAGUUAUCUUUAUUCCGGAAAUAAAAGUUGAAUGAUGACAUUCCUUGGUACAAUUAUCCAAAAUAGUUACAGUGAAAAAAAACACAUUUGUAAAACUCAGUGAUAAUAGGAAAGGCCAGCAUUGAACCCAUUGUUAAUGAAAUAUUUUGGGAACGAAAUAAUGUACAACAAGUAAGCGGUGAUUGCUAGUGAUAAGUGACACGUUUUUAUAUUUUUCCAUCCGGUUUAUCAUCAAUGACUUGAAAAACUUCGUAUCUCCCAGACAUCAUUUUAAAGGAGACUUCUCUUGGCCUUUGUAGUUACGAUAAAACUGAUUUUUUUUUUCUUCGAAAACAAACAAUCUUUGCUCUCCUUUUUUUUUUACAAAAAAGGCGUCUUAUAUUCACACUUAGAAUAGCAUGCCUUUAUUUUUAAACCAUCUAUUUUUUUAAAAAAAAGCUAAAAUAAAAACACAUUUCUUACUGAAAAUAUUGAAUUCCCGGUACUGAUUUCAAGCGAACACAUUAGUCUGCACAUUGCUUUUAUCAUAAUUCAGUAGACAUUGCCAUAUCCUACUCAAUUGAGAAAAACAAAGUUCUGUUGCAGAGGCUGUGGGUGAUUGUUGCUUACUUUAGCAUGCUGUUAAAAAAAUUAAGGAAAGUUUAAGCUGAACAUUGUAUUGAACAGAGUUAAAGUGAAUACACUUUUUUCAAGGCUCUAUAUUCUCUUAGAAAUUCUUUGCUCAUUGACUAUAUAAUAGUAAUUGUCUGUCUCGGUGAUAUAUUGAUUUUGCCUUAGUCAUGGCACAUUAGAAAUGUCCCCAUUUUCUGCUUCAUUCUUCCAUGGACAUAUAUUUGGCUAUUCUUUAUGCUGACCUGACAGCUGGUUAUUGGCAUUUGAAAACAAUAAAGUUGGCUAUACAGCCAUACACCCGAAAAUAUAAAUGAAAUCCCCACGGACAGACUCAUAAACAAAUAUAACAAAAAAGGACAUCGAUUUGCUUCCGAUUAUCCACUCUUUCCGGCUGAGGAAAUCCCACCAGCAGUCAAUCGUUAUCACAAACCAAAUCAAUUAUUUAGUGGCUUUAAUUGAAGUAGAAAGCAUAUCUCUGAUUAAAGACAAUUGGGUUCUUCGACGUAUAUGACCUUUCCUUACGUUUAAAGCCAAAGAUGAUAACUCUAAAAAUCCUUAGAUAUAAUUGGUUUAUCCACCACUGUGCGGCCUCUUUUUCUCCUUAGAUGACGAGCGUUCAGAUGAAAAAAAACAUUCAUGCUAUUUCCGAAAACCGUUUCUGAAAAGAAAUUAACAAAUUCAACAAAUUUUAACAUGUGGAAAAUGAUUUAGAAGGUACUAUUGCCAACAACUUCUGUAACAUCUUUCUUCAUACCUGUCCUUUUUUUUUUCGUAUAAGUAAGACGUGAUUUGUUGCGCGCGUGAUUUAUGGGGGCAUUAUUAUCCUAUUGAAGAGCUCCAUUCAUGGUGUCUCUAUAUAGGAAGUUUCUCAGAAGGGAUCUAUAUUCAAUCACAAGAUAAAUACUACAUCUUUCAAAAACCAAAUACUUAUCUUUUAUCGCCAAAGAACCUACUUAAUAUGUUAAUUUAUUAAGGUUUUUUAAAUAUGAAUUCAUUUUGAAUUGAAAGGGAUUCAUGCGUUGGAUUUAAGGUAAGUUUUUCAAUAGAGAAAAUUAUUUAAAAAUAUCAUUCUAAAUUUCAAAGCUAAGAAAAAAGAAUUCUAAAGCGUAUACUUACGAAAAAAAAAAUAAUUUCAAAAGGCGACAAACUAAUUUAUUUGCCAAUUAUAGCUCGUUAAAAUUAAUAGAUGCCCUAUCAUCUCUGCAAUAAUACGGCGGAGUGUGUUUUUACAGAUCAUCUAAGAAAUAUAUCAAAAUACAUACAAUUCAAGCCGAUUUGAAAGAAUCUUUGAAUGUUUGAAUAAAAGUUUGUGAAAGCCUGAAUUUGUUAUAGCCGUAAUAAUAAUUAAAAACAAAUCAAGAGAUCAUCUUUGUACGAAAUUAUUGCUUUAUUCACACUUCCUUAUUUAUUAUAAACAUUUCUGAGUAAAUAGAAUCGUUAAAACAACGCUUAAAAAUAUAAGUAAGGUUAAAAGAAAUUCUCGAAAAUGCUCUUUUGUCUUUCUGGAGUAACAGGUGGUCAUUGCUGUGAAUGAUAUUCCGCACCCGAAAGAAUGAGCACUCUCCCAAAAAGUUAAAAGAAAAAACUGUACCAGAGUACAUACAUUGGAACCCUUGAUCAAUCGAACUUAUUACCCGCUCACAAGAAUCAUUUUUUUUUUAAUUUAGUCUAAACUGGUUCUUAUGUUAAUGGUGCUUAGUGGAAUUUUAGGCUACGCAAGUUCUUUAAUAAUUCCUGAUGUAAUGAAAAAUAUUCUACAUCUGUGAAAGGCAUUCUGGCUAUGCGACUUCCAUCGCUAAGCACGCGUCGCGUCCUUAUCUUGUUCGCGCUGUUUAUCAAGGUGCACAGUAGCUUGAUGGACGAGCAGCUCUGUGCGGAAAAGGCGCAGAUAGACUGCAAGUGCCGGGUCAGCGGUGAACAGAUGCUUGGGCUCAAACGGGAACGACGAGGGGACUGGUGCCAGAACUUACAGAAGUGCAUCGACUGUUUGUCUGUACCGAGGUGCGCGUCACGCAAUCUUGCCCGGUAUCGCUCCCUCCUUCUAUCCACAGGCAUCCUGAGUAGCAAAACGAGAGUCUGCCCUCGGAUUCAUUACAGUGCACUGGCGAGGCUGAUAAUAGGAGCCAUGCCUUCCUGCACCAAGCCAUCACGUGACCAAUGCGGUCAGCGGUGCGAAUGCAAAGACGGUCGUCUUCACCGCUGCCAACGCGUGAGGGGCGAGUUUACACGCAUGCCAUACGAGGAACGCGCGCGAUACACGCGAGCUUUCUACAAAGCCACCACGGACCCCCUCUACAAAGACGACUUCGAGAAGCUUUUAAUAGAACAUUCCAGACUCCCGUCUAACUACCUUCAUCACAUGCCACAGAUCUUCUUCCCCUGGCACCGCUGGUACCUUUCCAAGAUCGAGUCCUUUCUUAAGAUGAUUGACUGCCGAGUGACCAUACCAUACUGGCAGUGGACCGCCCAGGCCGGACACCUCUGGCGCACACUUCCGUCCGAUGUUUGGGCCUCUGGACCGCAGGGGCUCGGAGGAAACGGAGUCCCCCCUGAUUGGUGUGUUCAAGAUGGGAUUUUCAGGGUGGGUAACUGGCACAUGCCGGUUGUCAAGGGGGGUGGAUGCUUGAAGCGGCAGUUUAACAAGACAUGUCAUCUCCCGGAUGAGGCUGACUUGAAGAAGGCUCUCGAAAUCAAGGAUUUUCUAACAUUCGAGCGAAUAAUUCGAGACACUUUCCAUAACAGAUUCCACGACUGUGUCGGCCGAUUGAUGCAUUUUCACGUGACCGCUUCAGACACCCCCGAGUUCCCCUUACAUCACGCCUUCAUUGACAAGAUCUGGGACAUGUGGGAGAAGAAACAUAAGGUGAAUAAGUACCGAUAUUACACCUCGCAGAAUUACCUCAUGCCGCUGGCGGACAGAUACCCAUGGGAAUACCUCGAAAGUGACCAUUUACCAGGCAAUGUACGAGUAAUGUAUGAAGAUUAUGAUAACAGGCACUAAACAAGUAAAUGAUUAUCGUGUAAAUCCCUUUAAAGUAUACCCUGGAAAAUACCCUUUUUAAUAAUCUUAAUAUAUUAAUUAUACUGUUCUUGGUGUGUCAUGACAUCGAAAAGAAAUAAAAGUGUACGGACAUUUUUA